UAAUCUCUGUUAAUCAAACAUGUUGUAAAUAAAAAUUAAAGCCAACAAUUUGGCCAAAAUGUUUUUUCUUGGGUAUUCUCGAUAAACCAGUCUUAACAAUAUACAUAUUGUUAGCUCUUGCUGUUUUCACAGUCAAACUCUUGCCUAUUAGUUUUGAUUCGAUCAAACCAUAAACCCUAGCUAGCUAAGUAGCGUUCGAGAUGGAGAUGGAGAUGGAGAUGGAGACGGAGACGGAGGAGAAUAAUGGAUUAUUGAAUUUACAGGCAGUGGCACCGGAAAUGUCCGGCGAGGGAUUUCCAUAUGCGCCGGAAAAUUGGCCGGAAGAGGGUGACAUUUGGGGAUGGAGAACUGGGCGGAGAAUUGUCGCAAAUCGUUCCCGCUUUCAGGAUCGGUAUCUGUAUCUGCCAAAUCGACUAAUCCGUGCCUUGAAAGAGGAGAAGGAGAAGGAGAACCCAGGGUCAGGGGCUGACUCAGGCCCAAGCUCAAGCUCAAUCCGAAGGCAACAGCACAUCUUUGCUAGCAAGCUUGCUGUUGAACGCUACAUCAAGACACAUUUUCCUGAUGCGGAUAUUGAUGCCUUUUUUGCUUCCUUCUCCUGGAAGAUUCCCGCUCUACGAUCCAAUGGCAAUGCAGUUCCUGUAGCUGCUGUACCUCUUCAACAGAUAGCACAAGAAGCAUAUGACUCCGACUCUGAGGGCGUUGUCAAGUGUAAAGCAAGAAAUAAGAAGUGCACAAGUCUGGUGUUAGAAGAAAUAGAAAAAUAUUCACCGGCCAUGCCUUGUGAUAUCUGCUGUUCUGAACCUGGGUUUUGCCGUGAUUGUUGUUGCAUUCUUUGUUGCAAAACUGUUUCUUCAGCUUAUGGUGGCUAUAAUUAUAUCAAGUGCCAAGUGAACGUAGGUGGGGGCAUCUGUGGCCAUGUUGCUCAUAUGGAAUGUGCUCUUCGAUGUCUAUUGGCUGGCAAAGUUGGAGGAAGUAUUGGGCUAGAUGCCCAGUACCACUGCCGACGCUGUGAUGGGAGGACUGAUAUGAUUUCGCAUGUUAAUAAUGUUAUACAAACAUGUAGAGCUGCUGAUUUGGAUGCUGAAAUUCGGAAGAAGAUUUUGAAUCUUGGUGCUUGUCUCUUGCGUGGUUCACAGAAACCUGUUGCAAAGGAGCUGCUGUGUCGUAUUGAAUUGGCCAUCUCAAAGCUUAAAUGUGGAACUAAUCUUGAAGAUAUCUGGAAGGAGGAUUACAGUUUUGUAGCUCAUUCUGCAGAUAACGGCAAUGAUGUGAUGGAAGUUAUGGAAGUUAUGGUCUAUGAUGACCCUUUUGAAGUUAGGACAGGGUUGGAAUCUUAUGAUUUUCUACCUCGUUCAUUAAAACUUGAGUCUGAAGUUGAUCAGGUUCUCCAGGCUCUUAGAAAGUCACAGGAGCUUGAAUAUAAGGUGGCAGAAGAAACACUUCAAGACCAAAAGACUUACUUAAAAAGAUUGUAUCAGCAACUGGACCGUGAGAAGUAUGAAUUGGCUUGUCAAAACUCAUCUACCUCAGAUGUCUCGUCUAGUGCUGUAAGAGAAAGAAAGGAACAGAUAAGACGGGAGGUGGCAAAAUUUGAAAUCAUGAAAAAAGUUGCCAAUGGUUUUGGCAGGACAUCCAAUGAUAUUGUAAAGGAACACUUUGGCUUGAAAGUGAUAGAUUGAAUUCACAAAUCAUUCGAGGUUGUGACAAUUUGAAUUUUUUUUCCACAGAUUUUCCUAGUCUUAGCCUUAUUCAUUGCGGCCUACAUGGUUCUUUUGCCAAGCAAAAUCAAGUGACAUUUGUUCGAGGGACUAUAUGAAUUUGGUUUGCUAAACAAGAUGUAGUAAGUUCAGUGUUGUAGAAAGCACAAUGCUGGUCUUUGCUGCUGUAAUAUGCUACCCGAUAGUCAGCUACUAAAAUAAUCUGUCGAAACAUUUUGAUAAGGAUUUUAAAACUAAGCAGCAAA